AUGUCGACUGGUCCUGUAGCCAUGUCGGUGCCUUUGUUCCCCAGACGGGAUCACUCCCCGGGAGCGCGAGCCAGGGAUCACUCCAACUCGAGGCUCUCCGGCCUGCAACGCUCCAGAACUUCCACCCCCUCGCGCCUGCUUCGCCAGCUCCAUCUUGGAGAUGUUUGCCAUCCGGACAGUGAUACUGACGAGAGCAGUACCGCAGAACUUGCUGCAAACGCGCCACGGUACCGACGGAAGAGCAGUACCUUCAUUGAUGGCAUUCAUGAUGUUACGGAGGAAAGUAGCGACAGGGCUCCGGCCCAGCUGUACAGCACUAUGUCGGGGAGACUCUUCCACUCGGGUCGUAUUGCGAUCGUGAUGGUGGGACUUCCUGCUCGUGGCAAGACCCAUAUAUGUGUUUCCAUGUCGCGUUAUCUACAAUGGUUGGGUGUCAAGACACGCAUCUUUCACUUGGGAGACUAUAGACGUGCCACCGUUGGCGAGUCGGGAGAUGUCCCGGAGGAUUAUUUCUUCCCCAAUGCCUCGCCAGCCUCCGUCAUGUUGCGCCAGAAGAUUCUGAAGAAAUGCCGAGAAGACAUUUACGCCUGGCUCAACCACGAAAACGGCCAGGUCGCCAUUUAUGACGCAGUCAACCCAACUGCGAGCGGACGAAGGUCUUUGGCGAAGGAGUUUGCAAAGCACGAUGUCCAGACACUAUUUCUCGAGUCUUACGUCGAUGACGAUAGACUACUACGAGAGAAUGCUCGCAAUGUCAAGAUCAACUCCCCAGAUUUCGAUGGCAUGGACCCCGAUGAGGCAGCAAAACUGUAUCUUCGCCGGAUUGAAGCAAAGAUCCCUACUUUCGAGACAAUGGCAGAAAACGAGCUCAACUACAUCAAGAUGAUCAACGCUGGGCAAAAGUUUUUCUACAACAAUGUCUCCUUCAACUACCUGUCUCAUCGCAUCGUCUUUUACCUGACCAACACCCACAUCAAGUCUCGGACCACGUUCUUUGCCCGGGCAGGUACUGCGACCGAGGAGGACUCGUACAAAGCAGACGCCCCCCUUUCCGAAAGCGGCGCCGAGUACGCCGAGGUCAUGUGCGAGACGCUCAUCAAGCAUCGCGAGCAGGAGCGCGCAGAUCUCAAUGCCCAAAGCGGAUCCGAGGUGCCGCUGAAGCCCCUGACGGUGUGGACGAGCACCCGCCUGCGCACCAUCCAAUCCUCAGAACCCUUCACGAAGCGCGGGUACAAGGUCCGCCAGCGCAGCCAGAUGUCGCAGAUCAACCCGGGCGUCUGCGAGAAGCUGUCGGAGCGCGCCAUCCGCCGCCUCUACCCGGACGAGGUCGAGAAGCACGAGCUCGACCCGUACCACCACCGAUACCCGCGGGCCGAGUCGUACCACGAUCUGGCGGUGCGACUGGAGCCCAUCAUCCUCGAGCUGGAGCGCGAGCAGAACGACCUGCUGAUUAUUGCCCACGAGUCGGUGCUGCGCGUCCUCUAUGCCUACCUGAUGCACUGCAGCACCAUGGACAUCCCGGCCCUCAAGUUCCCCCGCAACGAGAUCAUCGAGAUCAUCCCCGCCGCGUACCAGAACGAGGCCAAGCGCGUCCACAUCCCCGGUGUUGACCCCAAGAUGGUCGUCUCCAGUCCCGAGGACAUCCGUAUCCCCGUCCCCAGCAUGCCCGGUAGCGGCUCCGACACCCCAGCACCCCUGCCCGGCGGCGGCCUCGGGAGCCCUGCCGAGCCGAUCGGCGAGGUUGAGAGGAAGCCGGAGAGGAUCGUGAGCACCGCCAAGGAUGCCGUUAAGGACAAGCUUACGGACGUCGACUAG